AUGAGCUUCAGGCUGAAGACCGGAGCCGGGCUCCUGGACCUGCACUGCUCCCUGGGCCUGACGGACUGGGACAUGGACACGGAGCUGAAGCUCAGCACCACCACGGACCAGCUGCCCCCCGAUGAGCAGCUGGGUGACCCCCACGUGGUCCAGAGCUCCGCUCGGACCUCCAGAAGGAAGGAGGACUUCAUCUGGUCCGAGCAGGCUUCAGACUCCUCGGUGAAGCCCAGCUUGUGGCUGCUGGUGAACCCGAGCAUCGCCUGCCCGCUGCGGUACCAAGAACCCCCGGCUGGGGGGGUCCAACCGGCCCAGAAGUCCCCCGCAGAGACCCGGAGGCUCCUCGCCACGGAGGCCCACGUGUCCGGCCUCUGCGGCGCUCCUCUGGGGGGGGAGGGGCUGCCCCCCCCGUACCCGAUCCUGGACGAAGACGUCUCGUGUCGCCCAGCGAAGAACGGACUGAAGGGAAGAACCCCGACGUCCCGGGCCCAGAAGGCCCUGAAGCCCGGGUCCUGGCCCCGGCCCCCUGUGAACUACUGCAUCCUCAUCGCCUUGGCGCUGAAGAGCAGCCUCACCGGGAGCCUGAAGGUCCAGCAGAUCUACAACUUCACCAGGGAGCACUUCCCCUUCUUCCAGACCGCUCCGGACGGCUGGAAGAACACCAUCCGACACAACCUGUGCUUCAACAGCAGCUUCCGGAAGACCUGCAACCAGCUGUGCCGCGACGGCAAGAGGAAGUCGUGCUUCUGGCACCUGACGCUGGACGGCCACCGGCGGCUCCGGGACGAGGUGCGCACGCUGGCCGGCGAGGCGUUCGGGCUCCUGGAGCGCAGCAUGGCCCGGCCAGAUGUGAUUCAGAGUCUUUUCGCCCUGGGAUGA